AUGUCUGCACCAUUGGAUCCUGUGUUUGACCCCUGGGGUGGCGGAGGAGGCGCGAAUGCUGCUGUGGCGGCUCCGCUACCGCCUCUUUCUUCAGCUCCAGCUCCACAAAAAGGCACAGACACGGAAACAUACAAAGAGAUGGUCAGCGUUAAGGAACAUCUGGCUCGUCUGGAAUUGGACUCGGAGGAGAUUGUGGAGGACGAGGAGCUGACUGCCAGCGAUAAGUCGGAGCAGCUGCAGCUUCUGCUGUUUUCUGCGUCCAGCAACGGCAAUUUGGACGCCACUCGCGACCUUCUGGACAAGCGUGAUCAGUACGGAAUCGAUAUGGACGCCACCGACGACAAUGGCAAUAGCGCGCUCAACUACGCCGCGUGUUUUGGCCACGACAAGAUUGUGCAGGAAUUAAUAGCCUAUGGGGCGAAUGUGGAAACCGAAGACAAGUUCUCGUACACACCGCUAAUGUGGGCCAUUCAGAAUGGGCAUUUCAACAUUGUACGGGAUCUGCUGGACGCCGGAGCAGACCCAGCCAAAAACACAGGGUGUGGAAAAAACGCCCUUGGGUUUGUGACCGACGGGUCUACUAUCCACCUGUAUCUCAAGGGAAGAGGCCUGAUGGACGAUAGCAACGAAAGUGGCGACUUUUACCAGUCGGGUAUCAUGGGCGCAGAAGUGGCGACCGACGAGAUUGUCAUGGAGUCGGCAUACAACUUUGACGUGCGGCUGGACAAGCUGCAGGGCGACAGUGAUGAGGAGAAGGACGACGACGAUGACGACGGAUUAGACGCCAUGGAGGACUCCUUCAGUGACACAUUCAACUGGUCGCGGUGUCUGCCGGACCAAAUGUUUGUCUUCUCCACUAAGGACAUUCCCCAGAUCCUCGACAUAGUCAUCACCAACAUCGAGCCCCAGAGAAACCAUACACAGAAGCCCAUUCCAGCGAACAUGCUCUUUUUGUGUGCCCGGUACGCGCAUUACACUCUAGACAACAAGGAUGUGGUCGCAGCAGUCAUGAACCCUGCUAUCGGACGAAUCAAGGCCAAGGUGGAGGCUAAGGCUACGGAUAUGGUGACUCUGGCCUUUUGGCUCUCUAAUGCAUCUCUGUUGCUGUACUAUUUCCGACGAGACGCAGAGCUGCAAAAGGUGGAAUACACCAAGACACAGGCCGAUCUGGCUUCACUGUGCAACGACAUUCAUGUUUUGAUUUGCCAGGAUUGCGAGCGACGUCUGGAGCCCCUUUUGGACACUUGCAUUUUGGAUCAUGAGACCAUCCCCGGUCUGGACGCGAUCAACUACAAACACGAGUGGAAGCUCUUCAAGAAAAAGCACAAAGAGAAAAGUCAUCAGGAGGAGAUGGAGGAGCAGAUGCGUCCACUUUCCCCACAUAGAAAGGCGCUGCCAAGUCCACGCAACGUGACGUCAAUUCUGUCUUCCGUGCUCUUUAUUCUUGACCUGUUUGAGAUCCAUCCCAUUCUGACUCAGCAGAUUGUUUCUCAGCUGCUGUUUUGGCUGGGCGCUGUGCUGUUCAAUCGAGUGCUGACUAACCGGCGGUACCUGUCUCGAUCACGUGCCAUGCAAGUGCGUCUUAACGUGUCUGCUAUCGAGGACUGGGCUCGUCAGAAUGACCGCAAGUACGAGAUGGUGGAUGAGUUUGGUAACGGAAAGAUCUAUCCUUCCAUUUCCGAGCUCUGUCGAAAGCAUCUGGCAUCACUGGUGCAGAUGCUGCAGUGGCUGCAGUGUUUCACUGGCUUUGGAGACGAUUUCACCAACGUCAUUGCUACUCUACAACAGCUUACUGCUCUCAACCCAUUCCAGUUGUUGCAUGUGGCUAAAAAGUACAGACCCGAGGUGGACGAGAACGGACUGUCAAAGGACUACAAAAAGUACCUGCAAGAGCUUGCGGAGUCGUUCAAGCGUCGGGUCGAGAACAGAGACGUGCUCAAGGCUAUCAAGAGUCACGAUAGCGCCAAGAGCGCCAAGACUGCCAAGUCGGUAAAGUCUACAAAGUCGGAGGACCCCAAGGAGGGCAAGGAGAGCGGUGAUGGUGCACGAGCUGAAGGUGAUGCGUUCGAAGCCACCCCUCCUCCGCCCCAGAACCCUGCUGGACUCACAAACACGUCACAGUUGCCUCCAGAGUACUAUGAGAAUGACGAUGGCAGCGAGCCCAACCUACUGCUGGAUCCUACGCAGUUGCUACCCUUCUUGCUGCCUUCGUUGGCUGAGAUGAUUAUAACAUGGGGUGCUGUGGGCGGCCUUCGUCGAAAGCGGGCUCGACGGUAUGAGCCUGUUCUUCCCGUCGAGUUUUUGGACUCGCUGGACUUUGGCGAUGAUGUUGGAGGAGGAAUGGACGACCGAGACCACAUGUUCAGUGUGUCAGAGCCACAGAUGACGUCGGCUCGAGGCUGGGAGAAGGACAACAAGGAUGAGGUGACCAAGGAGAACGAUGAGUUUAACCCAAAGUGGUAG